UUCAUCAAUCUCCUCGGCGCUAAUGCGCUCCUGAGCGAAAUGAAAGACAGUAUUGAGCUUACUAUACAUUGUCUAUUUCCCGAGGUUCUUGCUUUAAUUUUUAGCUACUUGGAUGUUCGAGACAAAGGUAGGGUUGUUCAAGUUUGUACUAAAUGGAGAGACGCUGGCUAUAAUCGUUUAGUAUGGCGAGGAGUCCAAGCAAGACUACAACUACGAAGGUCAAAUCCUUACUUGUUUCCUUCACUUGCCAAGCGUGGCAUCAGGAAAAUACGUAUAUUGAGUUUAAAAAAGAGCCUUAGCUAUGUUAUACAAAAUUUACCUAAUACAGAAAGUCUAAACCUGAAAGGUUGCUUCAAUGUGACAGACAGCGGCAUUGGACAUGCUUUCACCAAAUGUCUUCCCUCUUUGACAGUACUAGACCUAAGUCUGUGUAAACAAAUCACGGAUAGUAGUCUCGAAAAGAUUUCUGAAUUUCUACAAAAUCUGGAAUAUUUGGACCUUGCUGGAUGCUGUAAUAUCACAAACACAGGACUAUUGCUUUGUUCGUGGGGUUUACCUAAGCUAAAACACCUCAAUCUACGGAGUUGUCGACAUAUAUCUGAUACAGGUAUACUCCAUCUAACUGGCCUCUCCAACAACGGCAAAAGGAUCGGUAAUAAGAAUUUAACAACUUUAUGUUUACAGGACUGUCAGAAAAUCACUGAUAACGCUUUAAGACAUAUUUCUAAAGGACUAUUAAACUUAGAAUGCUUAAAUUUGAGCUUUUGCGGAGGCAUAACUGAGGCUGGACUAUCACACAUAGCAAGCCUUCGAAGCCUGCGGGAACUUAAUCUUCGAUCAUGCGAAGGAGUGAACGACGAAGGAAUCGCACACCUUUCGGUUGGUGGAUUAAACUUGGUGUUUUUAGACGUUAGUUUCUGCGACAAAAUAAGCGAUAAUGCUCUCAAUCAUGUAUCAAAUGGACUCAAUCAUUUACAAAAUCUAGGACUCAAUUCAUCAAGAAUUACUGAUGAGGGACUGUGCAAGAUUUCCAAACAUCUUCGAGAACUGCGUGUAUUGAAAAUUGGACAAUGCACUCAAAUAACAGACCGAGCUAUAGAAUCUAUAGCUUUCCAUUUGACUUCUAUAACUAGUAUUGAUUUGUAUGGUUGUACUAAUGUCACUAAACAUGGCUUGGAAAAGCUCAUGAGUCUACCGAAGCUGAGAGUUCUCAAUCUUGGAUUGUGGCAAAAGUAGCCCCUGUGUAGUGUUUGGCGCUAUCGUUAUUAGCUUUGUAACACACGUGGUUACAUGUUUUAUACUUUAUCAAGAAAGAGAAAAUGAACUAAACGAAUUAACAGCAAAUAAGUGAAUUUAAUUUGAAACAAAGUAGAUAUCUCCUAAUAAAUCUUACUGGUAUAAUUUUAUGACUUAUUCAAUCAUAAAAAUCUAUAUAAUGCCAGUAAAAUUAUUUAGUAGAUGCAAGCUAAAUGAUAUAUUGUAAAUGAAAAAUAGUAAUAUUUUUAGAUGUCCAAGACAUCAGACAUUGUACAGUUGCAUCUCCCCGGCAGGAAUUGAAAUUCUUGAUUCCAGUGCCAAAUAGCUGUCAUAGCAAAAUCAAAAAUAUUCUGUAGAUAGCUCAUAUAUUUACCAAUUAUAAACUUGUAAAGUUUAAUUCCAAUGAUAUUUUAAAUACAUGACGAUAAAACAAAAAGAAUCGAAUCAACUGUCUCCAUUUCACGAGUGCAUCAAUCGUGGUCAUAAUGAAUAUAUUUUGAUUGACCUCGAUAUGGUUAUAGUAAAUAAUGAUUAUAAAGAAAAAAAUAAAAAUGUUUACAGAAAGGUGGAAUUUUUAUAGGAAAAUUUGACAUAAACAGGAUAUUCCUAUGAUAUUUUAAAGUUUUGUCGUGUAAGAUAAAAUUGAAUUAAAAAUCUGAAGUGUAAAAUGUACUCUUCACACAUGGUUUGGGUUGACCUAAGAACUUUGAGUAAUUUUGGAUGUUGAAUGGAAAAUUUUGUUUUACAAUGAAGCAUUUAAUUUUCAGURUCUGUGAUCCAUUGAUAGCUCUAAAAAUAAAAGGGAAAAUAUAUUUUCUUUC